AUGGAUCCUAUUAGCAUCAUCGCGUCGGCGAUCACCAUCGGUGCAAGCGCAGCCCAACUCUCGCUUGCUCUCUCCAGCGUAGUCGGGACACUUAAGAAUGCACCUAAAGAGAUAGCGGAUAUCGCGGAUGAAAUAUCUCUACUCGCAGGAAGUCUGCAGACUCUGGGAGAGAUUCUUGGUACUCAUCAGAAUCUAUGCAAGCCAGCAUUCUUCGCAAAUACUCGCGCCAUCAUAUCGAGAUACGAAGGGGUCGCUGCGGAGAUUCGAUUACUAAUUAGUCGACGACGAAGCCUCGUAAGGCUCAAGUGGUUGUCGAACAAGAUUAAAGUGAAAGGUCUUCUGAAGAAGAUCGAGGGAAUCAAGACGCUACUGGUCCUGGAGCUAAGUGUCAUCCGCCUCGCCAGGGAAGAGGCUAAUCGGCCCCAUGGCCGACCAGGUUUCAAUCGGUUCCGUAGGAUUGUGGAAAGCGCUGUUCAGGCGGGCAGGCACGUUGUAGAGAGUGCACAAGAAGAAGAUGAAAAGCUCGAGGCAGGCACGGAACCACACUCCUCGGCUGAAUUAGACCUAUGGAAGAGCGCCUCUUCUGACACUGCGCCCUGGCUCUUUCAGAUGGUGUUCAGCUCUGGCGACACGAGUCCUCCACCCCCAUACCCACAACGACGUCAACUCCAUCAAGCGUCCGUCGUGGAUGAAAGCGUUGAGACGGCCACGAGAAGUAGCCACACAUCGUCUUCUGAGCCGGUCACAUUACCUGAGAGACGACCUUCGAGUCCAGAUGAGAAGGCUAUGAUCUUGUGGAGCAGACAGACAGAACCCGAUCUAGUAGUAAACAGACUACUCUCCUCAUGGACUACGCUUUCGCCCAAUCAAAUCAGUCUCAGCUCAACUCGUCAACACGGUGUUGAGGGUGUAGUUGAGGAUGAUACCUGGAGGGAAGACAUCCUGAGAAAAGUGGAGGAAGCAAAGAAGGAUGAUGACGUAUCUUUGGACGAGUGGGAACAGGAGAAUGAGCCUGUCGGGUCCGACGACGAAGCAUUCCAGAGUGCUGAGGAAGACAGCACGUUCGAUGCUAAUGCACCUCCGUACAACUUCCGCCGCAACACCCAACAAGCCCGUACGAGGAGCGCAAGAACCUCUGACCGCAAUACAGAGGAUUAUUAUGCAUACGGAUCGUCGCCAAUCUACAACGAUCCCCCGUCGCCUAGGCGAAAGGCUGGUCAUCAGCCAGUCGUUGAAUCCCCUCCGCCGUCUCCAGCUCCAGCUCCAGCUCCACCCAUGCCUUUCAUGAUGGGGCCUCCUCCUCCUCCACCCCCUCCACCGCCAUCGGAUGAGGCUGGAGGGGAAGGGCUUCUCGCUCGGCUGGAGAAAUUGCUUGAGAAGCGCAACCCAGAACCCUCCAUCGGGUAUGAAGACCCUCCGUUCUCAAGACUGGCGAAGAUCUUACAGGAGCGCGAAGUACAAAGCGAAAGAGAACGGGCAAAUGCAACAACUGAGGUGUACAUGAAGCAGAUGCAGGACGUCCACGAGAAAGAUGAGGAGAAGAUGAAGCAGCUCGAAAGUCUCGUAGCACUUCAAAGGGCAGAACAAAAGCGCAUGGAAGUUAAGUGGGAUGAGGAAAGGAAGGCUAUUGAAGCAAGAGCAGCUGAACAAGCUCAAGAAGUGAGGGAUCUGGCAGCGAAAGAGAUCGCAGCGGCACAGUCGGCUAGGGAAGUAGCCCAAGCAGCUCUCAACACCGAGAAGCUAGAAGCCGAGAAAAAAGCACGGAAAAGAGCUGACGCCAUGGUCAUAGCGGAAAGACAACGAAGCGAUGAAGUCCACAAAUUGCAAGUGGAACGCUACGAAGAGCUAAUCCGUGGAAUACAAGAGCAGCAAUUGAGCUCAGAGCAAGACAACGAUCAGACCAUACGACGGACUCGCAUAGCGGAAGGUAAUCGCAGCGUGGAUGUAACAGAAUAUGCCACAAGCAAACGAGCUCCGCUUGCGGCAUCUUCUUCCGCCCCAUUCUUGGAAAGUUUCGCGCGCCUGGACACGAGGCAGAGCUAUCGCGAUCGCCCCCAAAGGACUUCUCGUCGUGACAGCUUUCGCAGCUCCAUGGGCUCAAUGCAUGCUUCGCGUAGUUCAUUAGGAAGUACAGGCACGUUAGAAAGUAACGCACUGUCUCAGCAGAUGAUCGUCUUUCCUGUCAAGGCCGACAGACGCUCUCAAAGGAUGGACAGACUGCAGAAGUCGCUCGCUGGGUUUGGAAUCGAAUCUGUCUUUGAAGACGCUGAAGACGAUCCGUUUCACACCAGUCAACUCAUACAAUAUAAUUACGACAACACGGAUGACCAGAUUGUUAGGAGUACCAUCUUUUGGGAGUCCUCGGCGCUUAAUCUAGGAAGCGAGCUUCUGCUGACCAUGAGGCAAGCCGGAUGGAGGACACCAUACACUCGUAUAUCAGGCAAAGGUCAGACUCACUAUUUAGGGAGUCAACCGAUACAUACAUACUUCUUUGACCCUGACUACGAACCGCAGUUUUGCCCAUCCGAGACAGCAUCAGGCAAAGAAUCGAUCACUAUUCAGAAAGCCCUUGUGGAACAGUACGCGCUGGUCGAGCUUGGCUUCCAAUUUCAGACCAACGAUAUGGGGUUAUAUAUUCUCGACGGUAGAUUGACAUAUAACGACAUCGAGACACUGAUUGAACGAUCGUUCCUCAUGAGAGAAAACAACUAUCGGCGUCUCCACCGUCAGCUACAAUGGCAUUUCGACAAGGAUCCCGAAAUACCUUUGAGUGCCUAUCCAGCCACGUAUGCGUCAUCAGCGCACUCUGCACCGUCCGUGUACUCGGGCGAGAACUCCACUGUCUGCGACGACACAGAUGCAGAGACGCGAGGCAAGAAGAGCCCAAGUUCGGCAGGCUCCGAUGCCGAUCAGUCCGAUAUUGGCGAUGUCAGCAAAUUCCUUGUUCCUCGAUCUGAAGCAUCAAGAAGGUCAGCAGCGCCGUCUUCUGCGGCUUCGCGGACUUCGAAAUCUACGAAUCCGUACCGGAAGUACAUGAAUGCGGGGGAGGAUAGUGGGGUCGAUAGUGUUCUCCCGCUAGCCCAUGACGCAAUCGGCAUCCCGAGAAUCGGUAUCAUUCCGAGGCAACACCCAAAACUUCGUAAGCAUCGCGCCUUCUACAAGCUGCCUUAUCAAUUUCGCGCCCUAUCUUCCACGCGCAUUCUGUACAUGCGCUUCAAACACUUCCUCGCCCUCUCAGACCCACGUCUUUACAAGCUCGCCAACUUCCGCGUCCGCUCCCAUUGGCGCACCAUGGCCGCCGCCCCGCCCCCAGAUCGCCCGAUAAAGCUAUUGAUGCUUCACGGAUACACGCAAUCCGGAUCACUAUUCCAAGCCAAGACCGGCGCACUGCGCAAGACAUUACAAAAAGCCUUCCCCAAAGGCAUCGAACUCGUGUACCCUACUGCGCCGAUUCGUUUGACACCCGCCGACGAAUCGUUCCUAGCGGGAAACACAAGUAAAGAUGGCGAGGGCAAAGAUACAAAGGACGGAGAGGAGCAAGAAAUCGAUGCAUGGGCGUGGUGGAGGAGGAAAGGUACAGGAGAACCAUACACAUACGAAGGCAUGGAGCAAGGGUUGGAGCGCAUCGCAAGCGUGUUGAAAGAACAAGGUCCUUUUGACGGUGUCGUGGGAUUCUCACAAGGUGGAGCAGCGGCAGCUAUGGUCGCGAGUUUGCUCGAGCCAGGCCGUCGUGCCGCAUUCGAGAAGCUGUAUCCUGAGGGCGGUAUGAGGUUCCCAGAGUCUUUCGAAGAGGACACCGGGUACAUGGAGGGCACAAUACAUCCGCCGCUGAAGUUUGCGGUCAGCUAUAGCGGCUUCGCAGCGCGUGGGAAGAACCCUUAUCACGCGUUCUAUGAGCCUAAGAUCAAGACACCGAUGCUGCAUUUCUUGGGUACGCAGGACGUCGUGGUUGAGGAGGCGCGCAGUCUGGCAUUGGUCCAGGCUUGCGAACACAGCGAGGAGAAGUAUGUUGUUUAUCACCCUGGGGGUCACUUCCUUCCAAGCACGCAGAAAGCUAGUGUCAAUGCGUUGAUUGGGUUUAUCAAAGAAGUUUUGCACGAACAGCAAGGUGGUGGAAAGAAGGAAGAGGAGAGUGUUGAGGAUAUGGAUGUGCCGUUCUAA